UCUCCGUUCCGGCAGCCACCGAAGAUCCAACAGUUCCUAAGUUGAGGGUUGAAUUGCAGUCGGUUUACUUGCCUCCUCUGUGUGAUUUCUGCCUCUCCUGUGAUGCCUCCGAACCGGAGUCUCUCCGGGACGCACCAGAACCGCGCCGGCGCACCGCUGGGGCGCCAGCAGGGAGCCGCUGGGAGUGAGCUGUGAGCUCUGGGACGACUCGGAUUGAAGUUUGAGCACUUUUCGUGGACUGUCUGGAGGGGAUGGGUCGUGUGUUGUGGAUCUCCCGGUCGGACCUGUGGGUGUAGACGGAGUCAGGAUGCUGCCUCCGCCCGUCAGGCUGCUGUGUUUGUGGCUGUGCAGCGAAGCCGUCGCCAGUCAGCUCCACCGGCCCGAAACAAAGGCGACUUUCACGCCUCAUUAUGAGUCCGCCGCCGCGCGCAGGAAUGCGCACAGCCGGGGAUGGCACGCUGUCGGCGGGGAGGACAAUGGAAGGACGCGCGGUGCCAGCGCGCAGGCCUCGUGGGUCGGCACCGCGAGUCCGAGCUCAGGCCGCUUCGUGCGUAAAAGCGGCGCGCAGCGUGAAGCCGUGCGCCUCCGACAUGGAGCGGAUGGAGGAGCGUUACGCACGGGAGGGAAGAGGACGGAGGAGCCCCGCGGAGGUGGAGGCGGCCCCGGAGACCCGCUCCGGCCGUCCCCGCACGGAGCCUCCUGCAGGCGCCUGAAGCGGCGCAGCGGAACCGGGGCGCCGCGGGAGGCUCUGCCGGUGGCCAUGGCGCAGGAGCAGGACGCCGAGCCCCCCUUCGGACUGAACAGCAGUGACUACGGGGAGCAGGAGGAGGACUACUCCCUGCCGGACUUCCCCGACACCCCGCUGGCGGAGCGGCCCAGACGCAGGCAGCUGCGGAACCCCUUCUACCCGCUCUCCGCCAAGGCGUACGGCGCGUACGCGGUGCUGGUGACCGCCGCCUUCAUCUUCAGCGUGGGCGUCAUCGGGAACGUGUCCGUCAUGUGCAUCGUGUGCCACAACUACUACAUGAGGAGCAUCUCCAACUCGCUGCUGGCCAACCUGGCGCUCUGGGACUUCAUCAUCAUCUUCUUCUGCCUGCCGCUGGUGGUCUUCCACCAGCUCACCAAGAACUGGCUGCUGGGCGAGUUCUCCUGCAGGAUCAUCCCCUACCUGGAGGUGGCGUCUCUCGGGGUCACGACCUUCACGCUCUGCGCUCUGUGCAUCGAUCGCUUCCGGGCGGCCACCAACGUGCAGAUGUACUACGAGAUGAUCGAGAACUGGGCGUCGACCUCGGCCAAGCUGGCGGUGAUCUGGGUGGGCGCCCUGCUGCUGGCGCUGCCCGAGCUGCUGAUCCGGCAGCUGGUCACCGAGGACGGCGAGGCGCCCGACGUGACGCCGUGCGAGCGCUGCGUGGUCCGGAUCUCCACCGAGCUGCCGGACACGCUGUACGUCCUGGGCCUCACCUACGACAGCGCGCGGCUCUGGUGGUACUUCGGCUGCUACUUCUGCCUGCCCACGCUCUUCACCAUCUGCAGCUCGCUCGUCACGGCGCGCAAGAUCCGGCGCGCCGAGCGGGCCUGCGUCCGCGGCACCAAGAAGCAGAUCCGGCUGGAGAGCCAGAUGAACUGCGCCGUGGUGGCGCUGGCCAUCCUGUACGGCUUCUGCAUCAUCCCGGAGAACAUCUGCAACGUCAUCGGCACGUACAUGGCGGCCGGCGUUCCGCGCGGCGCCCUGGACGUCCUGCAGGUGGUCAGCCAGCUGCUGCUGUUCUGCAAGUCGGCGGCGACGCCGGUGCUGCUGUUCUUCCUGUGCCAGCCGUUCACCAGGGCCUUCCUGGACUGCUGCUGCUGCUGCUGCGACGAGUGCGGCCCGCCGCGCUCGCCCGGCGGCGACGCCGACGAGGCCGCCGCCGCCGACCUGGAGCUGUCGCCCUUCGGCACCGUGCGCAGGGAGCCGUCCACCUCCGCCGCCUACACGGCUGUAGGGACUCACUGCUGAGCUCACCGGGACGCCGUUGGCUCGCCUCCCCAUCGACUCGGACGGUUUGUUUACCGGCGGCGCUGCUCUCCGUCCUUUCACCGUUUACAGAAUCUCUGUGUCAGUAUUAGUUGUUUUGAAUUAUUUUUAGGUUUUUCAAUUAACUCACCAGUAUUUUUGAUGGAGUCUGCACUCAGUGGCACGUUCUGUUUGUUUUCACUGUCCGUGAAGAGUCGAGAGCAGUCACCGGCGCACACCGCUUUCUGAAACUACGCCACAAUAUAUCCACCAAAAACACUGACGUUAGCUUGGAGUUUGUAGCCCGCCACAGACGGACUGUUUCUGAACCUGUUUCUGCAGCGUAGAACACACAUCUGUAGUUACUGCGAUAGCAAUACGUGCAAUAAACAAAAGAUUGACUGAACGGAAACAAAUUAUGUUGGAAAAACUCAGAUUUUGGAAAAAUCAAGAACAAUGGAUGAAAAAAGCUGCUCAGACUUCUUUCAUGUAAAUUAGGGGCAAGAGAAAGAGCACUGUUAUUCUGAUGGACUAAGCCAAAGCUCGAGGACAUUCACAUCCUCUUUUAGUGUUUGUGUUUAUUCCAGAUCAUAACGUGAUCACGAUCUUUCAUCAUGCAGCCCUAAACUUUACAUAGCUCCGCUUUUCCUUUUUCACCUCAGCCUCCAUCGCCAGUCUUUCAUGUCAUUUUCAUGUUUUGGUAAAAGAA